AUGGACUCGCACUGCGACUGUGCCGAGCCUCCGGCCGCCGAGCAGCCGUCGGGGAAGAUUAACAAAACCGCCUUCAAAUUGUUCAAGAGGAGGAAAUCCGGAGGCACCAUGCCGAGCAUCUUCGGGGUGAGGAGCAAAGGUGGGGAGGGGAAGGGCGCGAGCAAGACGGGGAUGGUGCGGAGCAGGACGCACGAUGGCUUGGCCGACGCCGUGCUGGAGAGCGGCAAGAAGGAGGACGGGGGCGGCGGGGAAGCGCAGGGGAAGGAUGCUCCGAGCAGGGCGGCCGACGGCCUCGGCGGCUCCGCCGGCAGCUCGGUGGCCAAAUCGCACAGCUUCUUCUCCCUGCUGAGGAAGAACGGGAGGCCGGAGAACGGCAAGGCGGCGGAGAACGCGGAGCAGCGGGCUGGCGGCAGACAAAAGAAGGGGCUGAAAGGCAUCUUCAGCAGCAUGCGGUGGCACAGAAAGGACAAAAACGGCAAAGAGGAGAGGGGAGAAGCCUCAGAAAUCCCGUCCGGUCUUAUUAUGCCGGGGUCUCUGACUGCCAGCUUGGAGUGCAUCAAAGAGGAGACGCCGAAACCUUUGUCUGAAACUCCGAACGGCGCGGGAGACGCCGGUCCCGAGUCGCAGCGGGAGAAGCGCGGCGAGGAUGCGUGUGGCUCGGCCGGGGAGCCCGAGGCGGGAGGUGGGGAGUCGUGGGACGGCAGAACUCCCCCCGGAGAGGACCCUGCUGCCGCUGCUGCUGCUGGAAGGAGACUCGAGGAGCUCUGCGGUGAGCGACCGGAGCCGGGCGCCGGAGAGGUUGGGACUGCGAAGGAUGCGGCCAUAACAGGCUGCGGAGAUAUUAUUGCGGACCAGGAGGAGGAUGUGGGCAGCGGGAGUGGCGGCUGCGAGAAGAGCACCCCUGGGGCCAGCAAGCUGGGCGCAUCCAAGAAGCACCCCACCAUGGUUGCCUAUCAAGGAGGAGGGGAGGAGAUGGCCAGCCCGGACCAGGUGGAUGAUACCUACCUGCAAGAGUUCUGGGAUAUGCUGUCACAGACAGAGGAGACCGAGACAGGAGGAGGAGGAGGAGGUGGAGGAGGGACGAAGACAGCCGAGGGGCUGAAGGAGAACCAAGGUACUGAGGGGGCCCAGAACAGGGUGGCGGUGAAACGUGGUGGCCUCAACCAGAUCCCCAUUCACCUCAACAACAAAGAAGAGCAGAAGGGCAGGGAGAAGGAACAGCACGAAGGUGUCCCAAAUAGUGAUGAGGGCUACUGGGAUUCCACCACCCCUGGUCCUGAAGAAGACAGCACCACAAGCAUCCAGAAGGAGACCCUGCCCAGGGACAGCUACAGUGGGGAUGCACUCUAUGACCUCUACGCUGAGCCUGAUGAAAACCCACCAGGAGGACCUCCAGGGGAAGAGGUCACCUGUACGCCACGCUCCAAGCCUGUAUCUCCAAUAACGACCACAUGCUCACUGAAAACGCCCUCAAGCACAGUGAAGGACUCCAAAAUACCCAUCAGCAUUAAACACCUUGCAUCACAUCCUGCUAGCCAUGGAACAGAUACCAGUAACAGCCAUCAUGUUGCACACCAUCACCUGGCCAAAAGUGAAAUGCACAGAACAAAAAUCCCUGUCUCUAAAGUACUAGUACGCCGAGUCAGUAACAGGGGCUUAGCAGGGACAACAGUGAAAGCUGCCACAUACCAGGACAGUGCCAAAAAGUAAUUGAAGAGCAGGUGGACAAAGAGAUAGACAGCAAGAUCAGUAUGUGAAAAUUUGCAUAGGAGACCACAAACAAUGUGUUAAUUUUGCAUUGCCUGAAGGAAGGAACCUAAAAGGCUUAUUUCACUAUACUAUGUAGGCCUGCACUUCUGAAUCUGUAUGGCUGAAUACAAGAAGACAACUUUUCAAGCACUUUUUUUUUUUUUUUUACAUUUGUAUCUUUUUUCUGCAGCACUAAGUACUGGGGAGGUUCAUUUUAACAUGCCUUCGUGGAAGCAGAACUUGGAUUAUGAACCUAAAUGAAUAUCUUCCCUCAUACAAAGCAGUGCCACAUGUUCUUCAAGGGAGCAAGAGUUACAAAAGGAGCGACAUAAGAGGUUCCCCACUACACUUAUCUCUUAAUUGUUCCUGGGGAGGAGUGGGGGGAGGGUGCCUGGCGCCAAAAGUAGUGUUUGGUCUACAAGAUAUUGGAGAAAAAUACCAAGCAAAAAACAAACAGCCUAACAGGUAUUUUACCCGAUGUAGGAAUGAGAGCACUGCUCAGCCUCAGACUUGAUUGACUUAUGUGCAGUAGCUAAUUAAGGAGUUAGGUGGAUUUGUCCAACAGGAAAACCUAUUUUUGUUUGUCUGUCUGUUUGGUUCGUUUUGAUCUGCUCUAAUGUAAUUGGGUAACAGAGACACCUGACGUAGGUUCAGAUGUUUACAUCAAUACUUGUCCAAUAAUGCAUAUAAUCAGGUUCAGGGAAACAAUUUACUAAAUGCCAAUAUAUACACACUGCUCACAUUUAUACAAUAACUUGCUUGCCAUUUGUAAAUAUAUACAUAUUUUAGCAGAUUUACUCAAUGAUACAAAUUUUUUUAUAGAAAGAAAUCACCUGUCUGUAUUAUCUAGAGUUUAAACAGAAGUUAGUUUUUAUAGGUAGAUAAUUUUACAGUUCUAAAAUGAUAGAACUUUGUGUAAGUACCUUAAAUUAGAGCAAAACUCUGUUUUGUAUGGGCUCAUGCAUCCCCAGUUAAGUAAGUCUGAAGUGCUGAUUUAAUUCGAGUGGCACAUUCCAUGUCAGAGCAGAAUUUCUGACAGCAUUGCCAUUGCAAACCUCUAUUUUCAGGGGUUUAGACAAAGUUGCUCUGGGCUUAAACCUUACAGAGAAGGAACCCAGGAAAGAAACAAGUUUUUUAAUUAUUAUUUUUUAAAUAUAUAAAAUUAGUUUUUGACUAUUUAAAGAAAGUCUGGGUUCUUGUUGCUUUUUAUUUUCAUUCUUAAUAAUAAUUUUACUUAAAGAGAUGAAAUAUGGUAGGCUAAUGGUCCAUAAAAUGGUCUGAUGAGCUUGGAUUUUAUGAGAAAUGUAUUAAUGGUCAGGAUGUUUUUGAAUAGUGGCUACUGUACAUGGACGCUGACAACAUUUCCAAGAAAUUUAAUAGGGUUUUAAUGUGCCUGAGGACAUAUUUUUAUGAUACACUGAAAAAGCUCCAAAAAUCACUGAAGAUUAAAAGCGAAUAUUAUGUAUUUACAAAAUAUUUUGAUACGAGUAUUUAAUCAUCAGACCACAGUUAAUAUAAAAUAUAUGUUCCGGUGUAUCUUACAAAUAAUAUACAUUUUAAGAAUAUAAGUCUAUAUUAUGCAGAGAAUCCUAAAUUCAAGUAACUGAAGCUAGUGGGUCUGAUCUUAUAUAGCAGUUGGUUUUAUUGUCUCUUAAACUGAAAGAAAGAAAAAAGGAAAGUAAAUAUACAGGAUAUACAUUUGAAGGAUAUUAAGGUUAUAGAUAAACCAUAAAAAGCCAGGAAUAACAUAUAAGUAUGUCUUAUAUGUGUGGUUCACUGAGGCAAUGACCUUAUGGUCACAAGAGGAGAAUCGGCAUCUGGCUGUGCAGUCACUGCAGGACAGAACACCAAGCUGCACCACCCCGGUGACUAGGGAGAAAUUGUUCUUUUCUGCUCAGUCCCUGUUUUCAUGGUUUGAAUAAGAACCUUAAUACACUUCACAGAAGAUAAUUUUACAUGUCUCCUUUGUAACAUAUAGACGUGUGGUUUCCUACAUGCCUACUCGCACAGACACGUUGUACAUAUGCAUGCGUAGUCAGAGCGCACCUCCUCCCUGCGUGCAUGCACACGGGCAGACACGCAGCCUGCACACUCACACCUGUGCAAACGUGGCCACGCAUGCACACUCCUACAUGCAGACUGAGGGGAUGCACCACCAAUCUGUUUCACAACACGCUGGUGAUGAUAGCCUGAGAAAGAGGUUUGCAUUUGGCCUAACUCUGCUUAUGCAUUUUAGAAAGUUAAAGCUUAAAUACCCGCAAAAGGUUGGAUGUACAGAACGUUGAAUGUUAUCCUACUGUUCAGCCCUAAGCCUAACAUCCUCUUUUCUGUUCUGUUUCCAUGUGACUAUAAGAAGCAUAUCUUUCCUUGCAUGCCAGCUCUGCUAAAAAAUCAUAAUUCUCCAUUAUGUUUGAUGGACAAAUUGUACAGGGAGAUUCUAUAGGGUACUGGAAGUCGAGAGGGAGGGAGGAUGCGGUGGGCUUGGGUAAUACACAGAACUGGAAGCACUGAUUGCAGGAGUAUCAGUGGUGCUUCUUUGAAUCACUAGAAGGUAUCAGCUACCAUUUCUGCAGGACUUGUCUGUGGCAAAUUAUUCAUUGUAUGCAUUUCAUUUGCGCUGUGGCGUGUAUGUAUCAAGAAACCGAUUGACUAACAAUAGACUAGCUCCCUCUCACCUACUGACUAACAAGAUCAUUAAAAUGCUUUGGCUGCCCUUCAUCUUCUCUCUCCGUUUUCUGCCCUGUUUUCCCUCCUUCCCCUGCAUGCUGGCUGCUCAGUGCUGACUGCGGUGCGGAGCGGGCAGCCCUGAGCUGGAGCCCAGCAUGAGGUGGGAGCACAUCUGUGCUCACCUGCCAGGCCAGGUGCUCUCCGGUCAUUUCUGUCAUGUCCCUGUGUAAGUAUGUCCUGUAGAUCCCUUGGUUUGGCUGCUUGCUAUGUACAUAUUUUAAGGACAAUCAUAUCCUUAAAAGGAAAAUGGGAAAGUAACUGUGGUAGGGCGUCAGUGUUUUGAAUCAUUGCGACACGCUGACAUUGAUUCAGGGUAAUGGUCGUGUGAGAGUAAAAAUACAAUUUAAUGCUCGGAUUAACUUUAUAUUUAUAAAACUCACUUUGGUCUUUAAGCCAUCUAUGUUAAUAUUCCAAAAGGUAAUUGAAAAUGUAAUAUUUACUAGGGCUUUCAAUUUUCAUGGAAAUAUUUGUAUAACUCUGCACAAUGCCUGAAACAAUCACUGAAAGGAAGUUCAAAGGCUUUCUUUACACCUAUAUUUAAUUCCUGAAAGAUCCCUGUAAAAUACUGUGAGAUGCCUAAUAACAAACAGUUAAUGGCCUGCUGGAUUUAAAGGCUGAGACACACGAAGGUAGAAGUCCUGAGGCAUUCUGUGGUGCUUUGCAUCCUUAUUUAUAUUACUGUGCUCAGGCAUAUAUUUUCCUUGGCUUCAGUAGGUAUCGAGGUAGAAGUGGUGUUCUGAGUCCCAAAGAUAACGUUCCCCAUUCUGUAACUGUUUCGAUUUUCUUAAGGAAUACUUUUGUUUAUUUGUUUUCUUUGUUGUUUUGUGGUCGAAGUGAUGCUUUGUAAUUACCAGCUUGUAUGUCAUUCAUAAAGGAUUUUAUAGAUCAGAACUUGGCAUUAGUUCUAUAUACUCUUUGCACUUCCAGGUCACUGCUGAUUUUGUAUGUUCUUAGGCUGUUUCUAUAUACUGUGUAGCGUUUUUAGCUAUCUACUGUGAUUUCAGUGGUAUACAUUCCUGUCCUAUAUAUAUCAGCACAAGAGAUUUCCCCUUUUUUAGCAUGAAACGAUGUUUUUGUGGACUUCUUUUGUCACAAUAGGAGUUAUCUGUACUAUACGUGUGGCCUGCACCAGACAUAAAGGCUCUUACGUUACCUGUAGUGCAUUUUACUCUUGCCAAUAAUAGGACUCAAAUCCAUGUAAUAGAUUUCAGAAGAAAUUACAUGACUAGAAUAAGAAGCAUCUAUGUUCGUUAUUACUCCAUCAAUCACCAGCACUUCCUUCAUCCACUGUGAACAUCCUUACCAUCAUUCAGGGUACCAGAAAACUGAAUUUUAAAAAUUACGUGCACAGAUGUACACUAUGAAAAUUAAUUCACUGAUUAUUUUUUAAUGAAUCUCUUACUAAAUUAUUUAUCUAAGCUAAGCGAAUGUUGCACCAAAGUCUUCAAAACGUCUGAUACAGAUGGCAUUUUCAGUAAGAUGCUAUCAGUGCAGAUGAGCCAAAUUAACAGGCUUUGCUUAGCAAAGCAAACCCUAGUUGUUUUUUAGAUCUGUAGUGCUGAACGAGCUUGCAGAUCAAAGGGAGCCAUUGAUUCUGCUACGUGGCCAUGCUCUGAGGUUUUUUUUGCCUGCUCUAAUGGACUACUUUCAGAAAAGGCUUUUCAGCAAGAUAAUGGUACAGACAGUUCACGUAACAAUAGCCACUUAUAAGGCACAUGGUUAUCUAACAGUGAUAAUAGGGGACUUCAGGCAAGGUGGCCUGGAAAUGUAUUUUCAUAGUUAUCGAUAUGAAAGGCUAAGGCUUCUGUCUCAGAAAAGCAAUUUGACAACAAUUAAAGAUGUUGCAGAAUUGACUCUUGGCAGAGCUUACACGUGACAGUUUCCGCAGUAUUUUUUUUCUAAUUUUGGCUUUUCCCUUUUUUAUUUUGAUUUUGGUUUAUGCCUUGUUUUUGUUUGCUUUGCUUUGUUUACAUUUUCAUUAUGAUGACAUAACCCUAUUUGUCCUGGCAGAACUGCACAACAACUGACUCAUCUGAGAGCUGCUGCCAUUCGUCCUUUGGUAGCCUGGGACUGCUCCCUGUGCAGCAUCCCUCCCUUCCACUGUGGGUUUCCCUUCUGAUGGGUCACAUGCUGUUUGCUGUGAGCAGAAAGCAUCCAAAUCUGUCACACUGGUUGCUUUCAGAGGUAGCUGAUUUUUAGUCUGACUCCUGGAAAUUUUUUAGAUCGUUCUUAACUCACAUCUUGUCUUCUGUGUGUGAGCAUCUUGGUUAAAAUGGUCAGUGUUGAUCUGGUGUUUUCUAGGUCCAUUACUUGUAAAGGGAAACAGAAGAACCUGCCUUAUGCAAAGGGGUAUGCCAUAUGCAAAGAGCUAUAACCACUCAAGGCACAACCUAGAGGCCUUUACUCCUGCAAAAGCAAGUUGUUAAAUCUCUUCCUACCUUGGGGAGCUUCUCCAUCCAAGCCUACUGCCUAGGAACACCUUCUCCAACUCCACCCCUCCCUCCCCUCCCUCUUCCCCCCACGUCUCUUGUUCUCACUCAACUAUACUGCACUUGGUUGGGAAACAGAGAUUUUUGCCCUACCCCUCCAUCACUCAAAAGGAGGAGUGCUGUCAGUGUGAUCUUCAAAAGGGCUUUACUCCUUGUAUGGAAAAAAUGAAUUUGCCUUCAGAACAAGCAGCACAGAUACUUAAAAUGUGCUGUGUGAUCUCAUACAUGUGGGUGAGGAUGCUGAGUGAUAUUUUGCAGAGUGGCACAUAUCCUUCCACUUUUCUGUUGUGCACAAUUUAUCAAAUCUAGCAGGGAAGCAUGUCACACAUGUGGAAAAGCCUGGAGGCUGUUUGUUAUGGUGGCAGUUCUCAGAUUUUUGUUAUCUUUGGUAAGAACUGCUUUUCUUUUUCCUUUCUGUGUAUAUUUAAAUAAAUAGACCCAAAGGUGUACUGGAGAGGGGAAAAGGUUCUAUACUUCACAGAGCAAGGAAAGUAAACUGUUCUGUUAAGAAUUCUUACAGCAGUGGCUAAAGGAAAAUUGCUUUGCCUGUAAUAUCACAUCCAAGUGAUGCUCUGAGGUAGAAGCUAAUGCAGGUAUGGCCACAAAGCUAAAAAAGCGGCAUCUGCCAACACAGUCUGACGAUCCAUUUCUAAGGCCCAGUUCUGCUGUGGCAAAGCUUCCACUGAAUCCAGUAAGAGCUGGAGAAGGUUCUUAAUCUCUUACUCUUGAAGGAAAUAGGAAGUGUUUCUUAAAUAAGUCUUCCCUUUUUUAGAAGAUAAACAUUAUUCAGGUGAUUGUGCAGUCUUUAAUGUUAGUGUAGUUAUACUUCCACUGAUUUGAAUGCAAAACGUGUCUUUCUAUUGUUUUUCCAUUUUAACAAGCAGCCACUUCUGUACGGAACUCCAGUGCUCAGCAUGUUUAAAUUGCAGUUAACACAAUCAUUGUCUUCCUUAAUUUAACUUCUGAUGGCAAAAACAGGACCAGAUCCUUUCCAGAGCACUAAAAUCCCUGUUUAGGAUGUCUUUGCUCUUGUUUUAUUUUUUUUAAUAUGGUAACUGAUUAUGCCUCCUUUAAUUGUUUCAUAGCAACAUCUUAAAUUUGUUUUAAGGGAAAGCAAUGCCUACAGAUUGAACGGUAAGAACUUCAACAGAUUUUUAUUGUUUUGACUGAUAUUGCAUCAAAACAGUUGCUAUUUCAGUAUCAGGUUGUUUCCACGGGCUUUUUAUGCAGAGGCUCUGGAGUCUUUGAACAUAAUAUGCUCAUAAAAGAGCAUUGUCUACCUCUGCUUUGAAUUAAGCCUGACUUAUAGAGUAAAAGCUAUGCAUCUGGUGAUGUUUCUCAGUUCACGGCAGCAAACCCAAUGGUCUGGCCCAGCCCACCUGUACCCCAUGGGCUGGGGGAGCAAGGCACUUAGCUUAGGCACUUCCACACCCUCUGUAGCCCAUGACCACUGCAUGGUAUGUUUGGCUCUUAUUUCAUCAGGGAUGUGCAAAGAUCUGUGUCCUGGCAGGGUGGUGGGGGCUGCUGUCACCCUCAUGGCCAAGGACAAGCUGUGGAGGGAGUAUAGUGGGAUGAGGCAGCCCCAAAUUCUAGGUAGGGGGCACGCACCUUUCUGCAGCACCUGAUAAAAGUAAUGUUACCCUGCUUUCCAAAAGAGAAAGCAUGAUUAAAGCUGUUGCCUUCAUGUAAAGUUGAAGUAAAUGCUCUGCUGUGGGAUGGCAAGCAACAGCUUUGCCCACCAGUGUUCCCACUGAAAUAAGUGGCCCUGUUAGCAAUGUUGGUUGGUAUUAAGGCUGAGCAGAGAUCCCAUAGUUUGGCCCCAUCCGAAUUUUCCUUGCUAUGUUUGUCAGCAGUCUGUCUCAGAAAAGCCCUGGUGUUGUGGCUUGUGGCUCUGUUGAAAGGGAGAAUGAGAUAUGGAGGUGGUUGGUGGAAAACAUAGGUUCAGCAAGUCCAGGAAAUAGAGAAGUUCCUCAGUCUGUUAUCACAGCUCAGCUCUGCUUAAAUAUCACGGUGUGCCUGAGGAAAACGUAGCAGGGACUGCUCCACACUGCAUCUGACAAACUGAUGCUCCUGGGGCUUCCUACGUGCUGAAAGGGACAGACGUGUCCUGUUAGAAGUCACUUCAUCUGUUUUUACUUGAUGUGUUAUAGCUGACAAAUCAUUGCUUAUUACAAUUUCCCCUGUAUUUUUUGUCGACCACCCCCAGCAAGGCAGCAUGUGACUGAUUCAAGAUAAUGAGCGAGGAAAGCCAGACCUCCCUGCUUUAUCUAAACGGUUUGCCAAUGAUCUGACUAGGCUGUGCACCAGCUUUUUCAGAGUGAAAGAUCAGAACUCUCCAGGGGGUGGUUCUGUACCAGAUUGUUAGGCGUAUCUUCUCUUUUCCACAUCUGCAAACUUUGAUGAAUACGUGUCUCCUUAAAUCACUGUAUUCUUAACGUAUGGAAAACUUAACUGAUAGCAAUAGAUGACUUUCUUCCCUGGCAAUUCAUGAGGAUAUAUUAAUCAAUGUUUGUUUUAUUUUUAAUUCUGUAAAUAUUUAUUUUGUUACUCUGCGUAUUUAUUGGCACUGGUUCUGGUGUUUGCUUAUGUGUCAUUGUAAAUGUUGAUGGUUUCAGUAGUCUUGCUUCUAAUGAAUGUAAGGAACUCAGACUAACUGCACUUUUCUUCCAUUCAAAAAUCUUACAGUGAAAAACAUUCCCACUGUCAUAUUACGUGUUAUAAUGAAUACAGUUAAUAAAAUCGGUUGUCACUUUUCAUUGA